GGUGACAUUUUUGUAGUUAGCUUUUAACAGAACAAUGUUUUAAGUGUCUUUGAAAAAGUGAUUUAAAAUAUAAGUUAAUCCUACUUUAAAAUAUAAUUUAUAAAAAAUUGGUUUUCUAUAUGAUAUUUUAUUACUUCUUUCAAACGUUAAUUUUUUUUAUUUAUUUGCCUUUACCAAAUAUUAUGAAUAUGUGUGUUUUUAUCAGUAAAUAAUGAUUUUUAAACCUUAAUAAUCGGGAUAACUUUGACAAACUGAAAAUAUUACUUUUAAAAAUUAAUAGAUAUUAUUGGUCUUUGAGAGCUCCUUAAUUUUGAAGGCUCUCCAAGAUUCUUUUCGUAAAGAUAAUUAUUCUCUAUUGGAACUUAAAUAGAUAUUUCUUUUAGCUGAAAACAGAAUAUCCCAAUUACACAAAAUGUGUUAGACACUUAUAAAAAUAAAAUGGUGACUGAUAGGUUUUAUAUUAUUAUAAUUAUUAUACUUGGUUAUUGAUUGAUUAAACUAGACUAGUCUUGGAUGAAAAAAAUAUUUAAUUAAUUAUAAUAUUUCUAAAUUUCAGUCAGCUAAUUUACCAACUAUAAAUUUAUAGUCAUAAGAUGAACUUCUAUCAAGAGUAUAUUAUCUGUUCAUCAACUGAAUUAUCUGUCAUCUGAGAGUACCUAUUGUCAAAUAGGAACUUAGUUGCUAAAUUUUGCCCAAAAGAACCUUAAACAACACAAAAUCAAAGUUGUACUGUUUUUUUAACAGAAACAAAGUUUUAAUGUUUUUGUUCCAAUCAAAUUCCUAAUGUCAUAUGGAGGUUAUGGUGAUUACUAAGCCACGUUGAUGCAAACACAGAAAUAGAAGAGAAUCAAACCAUCUUUUUGUAACUUCCACUCCCUUCCUAUCUUCCUCACCUCUCUCUUUCUCUCUCUGUCCUUCCUUUUAUCACAAUCUAUCUCAUUCAUUUCAAUGGCUUCUGCUUCCAUAUCUGAUCCUUCACUCUCCACGAAGAAGAAAAGGACAAAUGGGUCUGCGAAACUGAAGCAAAUCAAGCUUGAUGUUCGGCGUGAACAAUGGCUUUCUCGAGUCAAAAAGGGAAGUGAAGUUGACUCAAAUGGAAGGCUUGAUCAUUGUCCUUCAUCAAAGAACAUUGUCAUUGAGGAGAAUAAAUCAUCAAUCAAGGAAAAUAGAAGGAAAAGAGGAGAGGAUAUUGAAGGCUCUUGCAUCCAGGGUAAUGAUUCAGGAUCCAUUAUAAAUAGUUCCGUUCAAAAUAGUGUUGAUCUUGAUGAGUCAGGGAGUGAUUUCUCUGGGAGUAGCAGCAGCAGCAGCAUGAGUGCUUGUUUAUCAGGGAAUGUCAGUGACAAAGAAAUGGAUGGAAGCCUAGAUGACUGGGAGGUUGUAGCUGAUGCUUUAUAUGCAAAUGAUAAUCUAUGUUCUGUGGUUUCAGAAUCUUCUCCAGUUCAAGAGGCUGCCAAGAAUCUCACAGCAGAUUUCACAAAACCAGAGUUCAAAUCAGCGGUUCAUGAAUCACAUCCAAACCGUCGAGCGUGGAAACCUGACGAUGUUCUUCGGCCUCAGGGUUUGCCAAACCUCUCAAAGCAACAUGGUUCUCAGUUAAACACAAACUGGCAUGGUAACCACAAAACUGUACCUUUUUCAUGGCAAACAAUAAUGUCACAACCUCCUCAAUGUCCCAUCUGUUAUGAAGAUUUAGACAUGACAGACUCAAGUUUUCUUCCUUGUUCAUGUGGGUUCCAUCUCUGCCUAUUUUGUCACAAAAAGAUUGUUGAAGCAGACAGCCGAUGUCCGGGCUGCAGAAAACCGUAUGAUCAUGCAGAUGGCAAUGUUGGAUUCGACAUGGGAGUCAAGGCUUUCCCCUUUGCACAAUCUUUCAGUAUGAGUACAGGGUGCUAGGUUCUAGAUGACAGAUUUUGUUUCUGGAAAACAUCAUGUAAAUGUUAUGUUUCUCCUUUCGCUUGAUUUAUAAGAUCAAAUUUAGGAGAUCAAGUUUCAUCAAUCAAGAAUAUGAGUAUAAUAGUAAAUAGGUAGAGGUUUAAACCAAGCAGAUAAACUAGUUAGAUCUUUGGGAAGUUUGAUUUGCAUUACCAUUGUUUUAGUCAUAUGCUAAUGCAGAAAAGAUAGUUAACUUUGAAGAUUCAAAUUUGAAUGAUUCUUGCUUUUUU